GCAUUUGUGGUAGGCCUGCUCCAAAUGAAAAAUAAUAGCAGGAUCUCUGUUCUGAUCAGAAGAGGACAACUUUAAUGAUUUCUAUAGAAAUCAUUGCUAUUUUAAAUUUAAUUCGAUGAUUUAAGUUGUGCAGAUGGAAAGUUUGAAAGGAACAAGAGUAGUGAUUUUCAAGGCAGAGACUGACAAGACCCCAGAUCCGUAUGUUGAUGUGUUAGGAAAAAGUGGGUUCGAGGCGCAGCUGGUGCCGGUCAUAACAUUUGAGUUUUUCAACCUUGCGGGACUGAGAGCCAAGCUGGAAAGCCACAAAACAUAUUCUGGUCUGAUUUUGAGUAGUGAGAGAUGUGUGCUAGCUGUGCAUCAGUCAAUUGACAACAAUAAUGAAUCAAUUAUGGAGCCUUGGAAAGGAAAAGUCGUGGUGUGUGCUGGAGAAGCGACUGCUAAGAAGGCCAAGGACUUGCUGGGACUGAGUCCAGUUCUUGGGGAUAAGCAUAGAGGGGAAGGGAUAAUCGAGCUUUUAUCCAAGAUGAACCCUGUCCCCUCUUGCGUUUUGUACCCCUGUGGAGAGCUGGCUGCACAUAGGGACACAAUGGCAUCUGGAUUGGCGGAGAAAAAUAUCAAAUGUGAAUCUGUGUCAGUCUACAAAACAGUGCCAAACCCAGGUCUCAAACGAGAUUUAAAACGGCUGUUUCCUGAAGAUGAAGAUAAUUGGCCCAAGAUUCUAGUUUUCUUCAGUCCAUCAGGGUUUAAGGCAGUCUUAGAACACCUAGAAAACUGCGAAUCUUUGAAUUUCUGCAGGCUUGUCUCAAUUGGUCCAACGACCACGACAGCAAUCAAGGAAUUGAGAUUUUCUGUUUGGGCUGAAGCAAAAACACCAAACCCUGAAAGUCUGAUAUCUGCUUUAAAAAAUCUGCUUAGCAGUAAGUAAAAAAGUAAAUUUAAGACUGCUUGGCUCAAGUUAUUAAGAGUUUUAUAAAAUUGUUAUCAAAUAAUACAAAUAAUUGUAGUUUUAAUAUUUAUUUCCCAUCAAUAGAUUGGCACUCAAAACAUAAAGUGGCACACAAAUUAAAAUAAACUCUAUUUUUUUGGAUCUCGACUAACAAUAAAAUGCAUUUCUAAGAAAUAAAAAUUUGCUUAAAAAUACAAAAUCGACUAUAAAGGAACAUUAUAUUAUUUGGAGAAAUUUACUCACAUCAGACUAACAAACACAUUUGGUUUGAUACAGCACCUCUUGAGGUGGGCAAUCUUGUGCAAGACUUAAACGUUAUUUAAUGGCACAACUAGGAAAAAAAUGAAACAAAACAGAACAAAAAUCAAUCGAUUUUGUCCGCGCCCACUUACACAGGAUGAACUCCUGUCUCGCACUUCCUAGAAAACGGGGUCUGGGUCCACGCGUCACGAAGUUUUAAUUCCUCUCAUGGAAUACCACGUUGAUGCACAAAUAAUAAAUAUAUUUGAAAUAUUUCCGCACACAUACACUAGUAUUAGGUAACACAUAAAUUACACUUCCCUUAGGAGUGACUUAUCAUUAUUACGCUUAAUAUCUAUGAUAUCUUAAAGUGGUAUUAUCUCGUGAGUCGGUUUGAAAUGACUAUAACUGCUAAGAUGGCACAACACAAUUAAUAUGGUUCCACUUUAGGUAUUAGAUUUUGAAUAUAAACGUUCAAAUAUUUCACACUGACCAGUUGAAAAAGACUAAAUUUGAUGAUUAGUACUUAUAUUGUCCGAGUAAUGACAUUUCUGCCAGAAUUGAAAACGCGGUAAUUAAUAUAACAACUCUUCAAACACAACAACAAAUGUUCCACACGCAGACCAGGUGACAAUAAAUUUGAUAAAUCUCUGGAAAAUGAAAGUCGACACAUUUUAAAGGCAAGGAGAAUAGGAGAUUUGUGUAAACAAACAUUAAUUGACUGGUUAACACAUAAUUAUAUAUGAGGGAACAAACACUUUGGUUUAGGUUGGUCUGCUUGACUACUGCAGACCGUGAAUUUCUAAAAGACUACAGGAGUCUCUUUUCAUGAUUGGGUCACAACACAUAAAAUCAUACAAAUAAUAAACUUAAAAGGAUUCAACACAAAAUCAGUAAUUCAUCGUUCGUUGCAUAGUUAAAGAGUUAUCCAUUGCAAACACCAUUGACCGCCAUUGAAUUGCACAGAGCCUGGUCCCUUGAUUUUUGGGUUCUUUAUCAAAGGAUUUAUUGAUAAUAUGAGAUUGCAGCAAUUAGUAGAUGGGACCAAGAAAAAAAUUGGGUUAUCAUUUUGCUGCAAAAAAUUUAUCUCAAUAAUUUAAAACAAUUUGGUCCAAUAUGCGUUUUAGGAUUUAUUUUUUCUUGCUACCGUUUCUUCAGCGAUAAUUUGAAGAGAUUUUGAUUUUAAAAAAAUCUGUGUGCUUAGAAAACAGCAGCAAAAUUUCUUUUGGUAUUGUAGUAGCAUAUUU